AAGAGAGCGAGAGCAAAUACAGAUUUCGAAUAGAUAUUGUGUGUGGCAUAUUUACACUGAGUGAGUGAAGAUAUUUCGUUUAACGCUUAUACAAAAAAAAAAAUCAAUUUCAAUCAGUAGACAAAUUUCAUCAAAACGAGACGAUACGAGAGAGUGAAUAGGGUCUCUUUUUGAACCAGAUGAAAUUUUGUAAAAUUGCCUGUGUUCAGUCGAAUAAAAAACUGUAGAAAAUAAUUAAAAGUGAAAAAUAAAACGAAAUAAGAAAGUACAAUCAUUUUUUCUUCCUCUGGAAAAUAAUUUUGCAAUUAAUAGUACAACAUCAAACAAAAAAAAAAAUAUUUCCCGUUGCGUGUUUACUUGCCUAGUACAAGUCUUGAAAUCAUAUCCGAGAUCAAUGUGUGUUUCGUCAGCCUUUUGUUUCAGCUUCUAUGAUUGUUAAUUGUAUCGAACCAAAGUGGAGUAUUGAACCAGAAUAUCAAUAUCAAAAUAUUUUGACUGUGUCAGGUAUUGAAUUUGCAUAGAACUCUUCAACGUUUUCGAGUGGGCUUUUCAUAUCCAGACAAGUGGUUAUUUUUUGUCAAUUUAAUCUAAUAAAUGAAUUCCCACUGAAAUCGUCAUUGUGACGCAUACUGUAAACACUCCAUCAGACUAACAAAGAAAAAGAAAAGAAAUGUGAAUAAUAAUUCAAUUAUCACCAAAUUGAACAGAUAUAUCUACAAAAAUACAAUACAUGAAGACAGGAUGCAAAGCAGCCUAAACAAAAUAAACAAAAUACCAAAAACCUUCAGACAAAUCUAAACAAUGUGAAUGCUUCCGUAUGGGAAUAGAUAGAUUAGAAUAACAGCAGAUUACGCACUAAAUAAUAACAAAUAAAAAAUAAAAACAAUAUACGAAAAACGUGAAUGAACGGAAUUGGUGACCGUGUCUUUCUUUUUCGUUUUUUCGUGUUUUCAAAGUCAAUAAACGUACAGCGGUUUGAACGAAUGUGACAAGAAUAGGCACAACCACCAUCAGUGCAAAAACCAACAAAAAAAAUCCAUACAAAAUAUUAAAUUAGACUAUUUAGUGAGCUUUUAAAUAUAUGAGUGGCUUGUUUUAAUACGUCGGGUCUCAUGUGCUUGAAUUGUUUUGAAGUGUGCUUUUCAGUUGUGUAUUUUUAUCAAUGUAAAUAACAAUAUUAUUUAAAGUUUUGACCUUUGAGCGUUUUUCAAUCGUUUUAAAUCAAUCAAAACAAUCAGUAAUUAUUAGUUGCAAGUCCAUAUUGAUUGGUGCGAUAGAAAGAGAGACAGAGAUACAGACACAAAAAUAUCAUUUAGUUACCACUUUUAUUGAUUCAAAACAUUUUAACAAUAUGGGACUAUUAUUUGGAAAAUUAUGGAGCCUUUUCGGUAACGAGGAACACAAAUUAGUUAUGGUAGGCUUGGAUAAUGCCGGCAAAACAACAAUCUUAUACCAAUUUUUAAUGAAUGAAGUGGUGCAUACCAGUCCAACAAUCGGUUCAAAUGUCGAGGAAAUUGUUUGGAAAAAUAUCCACUUUUUAGUAUGGGAUCUGGCAGGUCAACAAAGUUUAAGGACGGCGUGGAGUACAUAUUACACAAACACAGAGUUUAUUAUUAUGGUUAUCGAUUCCACGGACAGAGAACGUUUGGCUGUUACACGUGAAGAACUUUAUACAUUGUUACAACACGAAGAUCUAUCAAAAGCAUGUCUUCUCGUAUACGCAAAUAAACAAGACUUAAAAGGCGCGAUGUCUGCAGCAGAAAUAUCACGUCAAUUAGACUUAACAUCAAUAAAAAAACACCAAUGGCAUAUACAAUCGUGUUGUGCAUUGACAGGCGAUGGGCUUUAUCAAGGCUUAGAAUGGAUAACACAAAGAAUAAAAAAGAAAUGACCUGACUAAAUUCUUAGUUUACUCGUUGUAAAGCUUUAAGAAUUCAUAAUAAUUAUUUAGAGAA